AGCCUUGAUUAAGCCUCCGCCCACCUUCUGCACCUAACAAGUCAAGCCCUCAUGCUGAGUUGCAUCACAGCUCUGCUCCCAGACGCACUCGCAAAUAAGACCAGAAUAACAUUUUCUCUGUACUGAAAUAUAAAGAAGCGAAGCAGUAACAUUUGUAAAUGACAAGAUGUUACAAUUCAGGAGAAGCGUUGAAGCCGAAAAACAUCAAUUACAGGAGCUCAACAACAGACUGGGCCAGUACCUGUCAAGAACAAUGCAAUUGGAGCAUGACAACGCAAUCCUCAUAACUGAAAUAAACAAGAUAAGACAAGAGAAGACAGUGGAAUGGGACAACCAAUGUAUGGCCGAAAUGCGGGACCUGAGAAGAAUGGCGGGGCAACUAUCUUUUGAAAAGUCCCGAGCCGAGACUGAACGAGAGAAGCUUUGGCAAGAGUUUCAGAUGUUACAGUUGAUGUGUUGUGAGGAGCAGGUAGUAUGCAAAGACAUAGGUGGAGAGCUAAAAGGUUGCGAGAAGCAGCUUCAUAAAGCUCAACAGACCAAUGGGGAACUUGAGGAACGUCUGUUGCAGCUUGAGAACGAGUACAAAUUCAUUGAGGAUGCACACAGACAAGAAAUGACCAAGCUCCGGAGCCAGGUGCAUUCACGACCUAUUGUUACCCAAACCUACCAUGGUCCUCCAGCGGUCUCGAUGGAAGAGAUGCAACAUUAUGCCCUCAGCCUGUCCGAAGGAUGGACUGACACCUUAGAGGUGUAUCGAAGGAAGGUCGAAGAUAUGGAGGAAUCGAUCAACGCGGACCAGACGAGGCUGGAUGAUCUCCAAAGGGAAAAGAUGCAGUAUGCCUCAGAGUUUGACAAAUUACGUAAAGAGGCUGAAAAGCAAGGUCAAAUUCAAAUACACCUGGAGGAACAGCUCAUAUACAUGCAGGAGAACUUCCACGGGGACAUCACCCAGUAUCAGGUGAUUAUUGAUCAGUUGGAGCGGGAGCGGGAAAUGUUGGCCAACACCAUGGCAGAAAAGGUCAGAGACCACCAGCAGCUACUGCAGGUCAAGAUUGAUCUGGGCAUGGAGGUGGCUUACUACAGGGCGCUUAUUGAAGGAGAUCAUCAGCAGCAUCUGCAGUCAAGAGGAAGAGUCAUAGAUAUUAAGAUGAUACCUCCACAACAGUACAAACCAAGAGUUUUCACAUCAACCAGACAGGAUGUAAGGAAACAUCUGGAUGUGAAAUACAUGGAGCCAACCUCAAGCUUGAGAAGAUCACCUGUUCCAUCUCAGUAUGGUCGCACCAGUCCUUCCAGGGUCAUACCUAUCUCAGUCAAAGGAAGCAGCUACAACAGGAAUCAGAGUCCUACCACCAGAAGGGACAUGGUCUCAUUCACUAAAUCCCAGUCUGCAUCCUCAAGCUCUUCCUCCACUACCGUUAAACCUGUGGCCCAGAGUACGGUCAGGAAAAAUAUAGAUGCUCAGAAGAAAGUUGUGGAGGACAGGAGUGUGAGAAUCAAAGAGGUGUCACAACACUCAGCUAAGGAUUCUCUUGACCAUUCUCGAGGCACAGCAAACACAUCCAGUCCCAUUGCCUCACCCACUGCUGACCCCAAUUCAGUAAGAAUAGUGUCACCACCAAUGAUGAGUCUUAGCAGAAACACAGAGGAGGACAGCAAAAAGAAAGCAGAGAGGCACGUUGAAAGAGAGGUGAGAGGAGAUGCAUUUGGUCUUCAGAAUGUCAAGAUGCAUGCCAAAGAUGGCAGCAUUACAGCAACCACGACAAGUGAUAAGAUGGUCCUAGACUCUGUGUCUAUGGAGGAACUCAUUGAGAAGGUCAUGAAACCUGCUGGUUUGGAUCGAAAGGUCUGCAGCUCAUCUGCAGACUCCAAGAUCACUUACCAUGUGGAGAAAACGGAGAAGGAGGACGGGUCAACAAAGACACAGAUUAUCCUGGAGUCCAAGGUGCAGGAGGAGCUGGAUAUGUCAGAGGACUUUGCACUGGAGGAACUUCUCAGCAAGGAAGUGAAACACGUGUCACUGGAGGAUAUCAAGGGCACUGCAACAGGAAACAUGAUUCAGAAUCUGCUCAGCCUUGGGCUGCAUGGAGGAGAGGACAUGGGAAACAAGACUGUCAAUGUGGAGAUCAUUGAGGAACCAGUGGAGGGUUACAGUGACGAGGAGUACGAGGUUGAGGAGAAGUCCACACCCAAGUUCUCCGAGCCCUCUUCAAUGUUCUUUCAGAUUGAAGAACUAGAGAAUGACCCUCACGGCACCAUAUACCAUGAGAGUGGUGCUGAAGUAAUGAAAACCUCCAUAACAGCAGCAAACUAUGGCAGUAAUGGUGGAUCUGUGAAGGUCCAGGAAGACUUCAGAGAUAGUGAAUCUCCAUACUACAGCCAAAACCAAGACUCUCAAGAGUAUUUUGUCUCCACACCUGAUGGAAAUCUGUCAGAGCCUGAGGAGGGUGGUGGUAUAGCAUCAUAUGGACAUGGUGAACGACCCUCCAGUGGUGGACGAAUGGUCGACGACUUUUCAGAUGAAAGGUACUACCAGGAGGGGGAAGUCUCAAAGAACAGAAUUUUUGUUGAGGAAAGCGAUAGUUACAGACCUGCAUCGGACAGCCAGUACAUGAAAGAUGACCACUCCUUGGCCCAAAAUAGUUACUCAGAGUGCAUCAUUGAAGAGGAGACCAUCCGUGUCUCCCCCACAGUGCAGGAGUCGAUGCUUGGAUAUCUGAGAGAGGAAACUUUACACCCCAAAGAGCAGCUGAGGGGAGCCCUAGAGCAGCUCCAAGGAACAGUGUCAGGGAGCCUGAAAGAAGAGUUGGCUCUCCUCACAAGACGUGGCAGUGAUAGUCCUCAGAACAUAUCUGUGGACAGAAAAAAAGUACACCAGUCCUCUAACAACGGAACCACGACUAUUGUGGCAGAGCUCAAGAGCUCAACAAUUCUAGAGGACUCUGGGCAGCUGGGGGAGCAGGGGGAUGAUGUAUCUGAGGAGCAGAUCAUGGCGGCUCUAUGCUCCUCCAACCUUGGAGCAGAGGGAGGAUACACCCUGGACACAAAGGAGAUGUGCUGGGUGACUAGCAGUGAGGGACAGGGAGUCGAGUCCUCAACUGAUGUCACUGAGAAGCACAUCAAGCUGGGGCCAUCAGAGAAGUCAUUCCCCUUCCAGAUGGAUGUAAAUAAUGGCCAAGGACAGGAUCCCCCACUGAAGGUCACUCAUAAGAAAAGAGUUGCCACAGUCUAUCUUGAAUCUAAUGAAGAUGAGUUCUGAUUCAAAUUAGAUAUUUUUAUUAUAAUACUCCCCAUAUUAAGUCACACACCAGUCAUUCAGUUGCAACGAACUGUAAGGUGAUGUUAUUCGAUGUGAUUCAUAAAUUGCUAUGCCUACAAUUGUGAUAAGAGUACAAAUUAUAGCCACUGCAUAUAUAUAUAUGAAAGGUUUUAAUAGCAUUUGUUCCCCAUUUUCAAAUGUCUCUCUGCUUCUUUUUAAGAAUAUGUUAUAUUCAUUUCCUGCUAUAUUUUUGUACUAACCUGUACCACAGAAUAGGGCUGUCUUUUUGCCUGAGAUACUAUAACCAAAUAUGGAACAAUGCUAAUAUAUCCUCCAUUGUUAUGGUUAAUGUUGCAGUCUUAAAAGAUGUUCAACAUUUACAGUAUGUAUCUAGAAAAAAAACAUUAUACCUAUUCUUUCCUGUAAUGCCAUGUUAUUUUUAACCACAUUUAAAGCUAGUGGUUUGUUACUGAGGGAGUUCCUGUUGUUAAUAAGGUUGUUAAUGCUUAUUAAUUGUUAAUGCUUGUUAAUGCUAAUGAUGGCUAUAUUUGAAUGUGUUUAUGAUUGGGGACAAAAGUAUGUGUAUCAUGUCUUGUCAAAUGAAAUCUACUCACUAUUAAUAAUUUGAAUUGGAAAGAAAAAAAGAAAAAAAUCAAAUGCAAUUCUAAAUCAGAUGGGGUGUAAUCGAGUGAUUCUGAUCACCACUUAGCAAAACCACUAAACGUUUUCUACACGUUUGACAUUACUAUUAAGUUUCAAAACUUUGUACCCUCAAAAGGGUUUUUAUAGUUUAUCCUUCUGGUUCCCUCACCAUGAUAUUUUAACCUGUAAAUGGCUUUAGAGGGAACAAGAAGAAAUCCAACAAUCUUGAAUUCCAAAGAGAGGUGUUUUUCUCUGCUUGUAGAGACACUGGUAGCAAGACAGACAUACUGUAAACAAGGUGGAGUGAACUUAAGGAAAGGAGAGACAGACAACUAGAGAGAGAGAAGCUGGAGAUAAGCAUAUGGUUAAUGUCUGAGGUAAGACCUGUACAUCUACACUGAACAAAAAUAAACACAACAUGCAACAAUUUUAAAGAUUUUACUGAGUUACAGUUCAUAUAAGGAAAUCAGUCAAUUUAAAUAAAUCUAUGGAUUUCACAUGACUGGGGAUACAGAUAUGCAUCUGUUGGUCACAUAUACCUUAAAAAAAGGUAGGGGCGUGGAUCAGAAAACCAGUCAGUAUCUGGUGUGACCACCAUUUGUCUCAAUCAUUGUGACACAUGUUCUGAAUGUUGUCCCACUCCUCUUCAAUGGCUGUGCGAAGUUGCUGGAUAUUGGUGGGAACUGGAACGCGCUAUCGUACGCGUCGAUCCGGAGCAUCCCAAACAUGCUCAUUGGGUGACAUGUCUGGUGAGUAUGCAGUCCAUGGAAGAACUGGACCAUUUUCUGCUUCCAGAAAUUGUGUACAGAUCCUUGCGACAUGGGGCCGUGCACUAUCAUGCUGAAACCUGCUGAGGUGAUGGCGGCGGAUGAAUGGCAAGACAAUGGGCCUCAGAAUCUCUUCACUGUAUAUCUGUGCUUUCAAAUUACCAUCAAUAAAAUGCAAUUGUAUUCAUUGUCCAUAGCUUAUAUCUGCCCAUACCAUAACCCUCCUCACAACAUGGAUAUCAGCAAACCGCUCGCCCACACGACGCCAUACACUCUGUCUGCCAUCUGCGCGGUACAGUUGAGACUAGGAUUAACAGGGAUGUAAACAAAUUUGUUCACAACAUUUGAGAGGAGUAAGCUUUUUGUGAGUAUGGAACAUUUAUGGGAGCUUUCAUUUAAGCUCAUAAAAUAUAAAACACUUUACAUGUUGCAUUUCUAUUUUUGUUCAGUGUAAUUUCAGUAAACCACAGUACAUAUGAAUUCCCUUGGCUUGAGCAAUGUUGUGUUGGUGACCAGUGUCAGGAUUCACCUUGGCUUAGAGGUGAGUCAGGGAUCUAGUCAAUCAGAUCCGCUUUAGCCGACAUCCACAUAGCGGUUGUUUUGAAGGUGUCAGAAGUGGAACUGCAUUAGAGCUGUCAAAUCCACAAAUGGCUCCCGGCAUUAUACCUAAAGUGAACAUUGCCAAUUAUUUCUAUAUAGCCUACACUUUCUCAUUCUAAACUUCUUAACGCAAGUGGGGGUGUGGCUUCGAGACAAUGAUUGCAAGAGCAGCUGCUCACUGAUUUUACCACUCCAAUGCAGUACCACCUCCAACACCACUUCCAACACCUCCAAAACAUCCUCUUUGUGAGAGUGUCUGCUAUCGGUUAAUGCUUGAUCUGAUUGAAUCUAGACCUUACUGUACAUGCUGAUCACACUGCUUGCAUUGUGUGCUCGAGCGUUGCAAAGUAAAUGUGCUCAUACAGUACCAGUCAAAGGUUUGGACACACCUACUCAUUCAAGGGUUUUUCUUUAUUUUUUAAACUUUUUUCUACAUUGUAGAAUAAUAGUGAAUAUGUGAAAACUAUGAAAUAACACAUAUGGAAUCAUGUAGUAACCAAAAAAGUGUUAAACAAAUACAAAUAUUUUAUAUUUGAGAUUCUUCAAAUAGUCACCCUUUGCAUUGAUGACAACUUUGCACACUCUUGGCAUUCUCUCAAUCAGCUUCAUGAGGAAUGCUUUUCCAACAGUCUUGAAGGAGUUCCCUCAUGCUGAGCACUUGUUGGCUGCUUUUCCUUCACUUUGAAGGAAAAACUCAUCCCAAACGAUCUCAGUUGAGGUCAGGUGAUUGUGGAGGACAGGUCAUCUGAUGCAGCACUCCAUCAUUCUCCUUCUUGGUCAAAUAGCCCUUACACAGACUGGAGGUGUGUUGGAUCAUUGUCAUAUAAAUAAUAGUCCCACUAAGCGCAAGCCAGAUGGGAUGGUGAUUCACUGCAGAAUGCUGUGGUAGCCAUGCUGGUUCAUUGUGCCUUGAAUUUGAAAUAAAUCAUAGACAGUGUCACCAGCAAAGCAUCCUCACACCUCCACCAUGCUUCACGGUGGGAACCCCACAUGGGGAGAUCAUCCAUUCACAUACUCUGAGUAUCACGAAAACAUGGCGGUUGGAACCAAUUAUCUCAAAUUUUGACAGAUUUCCACUGGUAUAAUGUCCAUUGCUCGUGUUUCUUGGCCCAAGCAAGUCUUCUUAUUAUUGGUGUCCUUUAGUAGUGGUUUCUUUGCAGCGAUUCAACCACAAAGGCCCAAUUCACACAGUCUCCUCCAAACAGUUGAUGUUGAGAUGAGUCUGUUACUUGAACUCUGUGAAGCAUUUAUUUGGGCUGCAAUUUGAGGUGCAGUUAACUCUAAUGAACUUAUCCUCUGCAGCAGAGGUAACUCUGGGUCUUCCUUUCUUGUGGUCGUCCUCAUGAGAGCCAGCUUCAACAUAGCGCUUGAUGGUUUUUGCGACUGCACUUGAAGAAACGUAAAAAAUUAUUGAAAUGUUCCAUAUUGACUGACCUUCAUGUCUUAAAGUAAUGAUGGACUGUCAUUUCUCUUUGCUUAUUUGAGCUGUUCUUGCCAUAAUAUGGACUUGGUCUUUUACCAAAUAGGGCUAUCUUCUGUAUACCCACCCUACCUUGUCACAACACAACUGAUUGGCUCAAACGCAUUAAGAAGAAUACUACUACUACUACUACUACAACUGAAGGAGGAGAGAUUACUAGAACCUAACUAGGUUUCCUGUUUUGUCUGUGGAUUAAAUGUCGGAGUAGAGAACACACACUUUUGUGUGACUCAAAUUGGUCAAAAUUCUACAAAGGUCCAGAAAAUAAGAACCUUGUGCAUUUCACGUGAAAUAACAACCCAAUGUUUAUAUCCCAGGACAAAUUAGCUAGCAACAGUAAGCUAGCUAGCUAAAUGCCCAUGAGUGUUUAAUUUUUUUUUCAACCUGCCCCAAAUUAAUAUAUUUGGUUCAGAGUUCGUUUUUAUAUUUCAUCCUGCGUGUCUUGGAUCGUGUCUCGUGUGGAUGUACAAAAUCAACAUGUGUGCGAUGGCACACAUGGAAGCACAUGCGUGUCCGGUCUAGACAGCAUGUUUGUGUGUGCACAACUAUGGCUAUUUUAGGAACAGAGUGCCAUCUUAGUAUCACUGCCUGUUUGUAUGUGUUUGCAUGUGUGUGUGUGUGUGUUUGUGUGUGUGACUACGUGUGCAAAAUAAAAAAUACCCCCAAUAUGGCUUCAACCCACGAGCACCUUUCUUUUUUCUCAAUAGGGUGCUUUAGAGUUCUAUGCAACAGUGCAGAAACACUGAACACAGGUCAUUCACAUUAUGCUUCCUUGGCACUGUCUUGCUAUAACAGAUUAUAAAGAGCAUGGAAUUACAAUAUCAUUGCUUUACAAAUGCUAUUGUGACUAAGCUAAAUGCAAAUUAGGUCAAGUAGAGCACUUUGGAGUUGAAAGAUUUAUAACUGAUAAUAGUUUGUUGCACUCAGGGGGCACAGGAAGUUUAGGAAGUUGGCUUUAGCUAGCUAGCCCUUUAGCUUUAGCUAGCUAGCCCUUUAGCUUUAGCUAGCCCAGAUAGGUUUCCAACCUCCUAACUAGCUACUAAGAAGACAUUUCAGGCUAUCAAUCAAGUUAGAGUAGCUAGCUUGUCUAACUAUCUUAACUGGCAUGCCUGUUGGCAAGGUUGGUAGACUUUAGAAAAUCAAACAAUAACUAAAUGUACAGAAUAAGACUCACAUUCCUUUCAAGCUUUUACCCAGAUUUUUUCAGAGAAGCAUAUUAAGUUUAGUUAAAAAAAGAAUCAGUCAGGAGGAUACAGACAGCUCUAGGCAUACGCUUAGAUAUGCUGAAUUAUUAUUAUUAUUAUUUUUAAAUAGAAUUAAGAAUAAUGAUUAUGGCUCUUGAUGAAGCUGAAAAAAUAAAAACACCCUCACAUACUUUGUGCCCUUUCAGAUUUUUGGGGUGCACUUGCACUUAAAUGCCCAGAUACAUUAGGAAACAGGUGGCCUUUCACAGUGCUUUAAAAUCUCUUUAUUGUGUGAAAAUAACAUAAACACUUUUUGAUCAAUACACAUAUAUUGUAGGUUAAUUUUGGGCUUAAGAACAUUGUCAAAAAGGCUAUCUUUUUGAUACAAAACAUUGUAGGUUAAAUUAAAUCUCCAAACUAGCCAAUGUGCUGUGUUGCAUUUCGUUACACUUGCAAUUACAUCUGCUAACUAUGUGCAUGUGACCAAUAUAAUUUGAUUUGAUUUAAACAUACUGCGGUGCCCAAGAGCCUUUUAUGCCUCCAUUCUUUAUGUUUAAAAAGGGGUGUGCUACUCUCUUGACUGAUUGGUGUAAUUCAUUUAUUGAAAAUAAGUGCUUCAUGAAUUAGCCUACAUUAUUCUUCUUUUAUGGAAGAUGGGUGAAUUGUCAGAAUAUUUUCAACCAUUGUUUAAAUAUCAGUUCAUAUUGCAAAAACAAUUAAAUUACUUCUCGAGUGUG